AUGGCCGACGCAUCACCUGCACCCGAAGCCGAAACCCUAGAAGCACUCCAAGCCCGUCAUCGCAAAGAACAACGCGAUCUUGUCUCGCGUACGACACAAAAGAAGAAGCAAGCGAGCAAGAAAACACGAAAGGGCGUCAACGAAGAGUGCGAGCGGCUAGAGAGGGAAUUGAAGGAGCGACAGGAGCAUGAAUUGGCGCUUCUGAAUGGAGAGGUCGUGCAGCAGGACCACGAAGACGUCGAUUUGCCUUCGGACGACGAGACACAGAAGGUCCAAGAAGUUGCAAAACUCAAUAUUGGUGGAAACACCGCUGGAUCCAGAGAAGACGACAACCAGGAAGACGCUGCAGCACCCAAGUCAAAGAAGCCUAAUCGCGCCAAAGCCCGUCUCGCCCGGCGGGCUGCCGAACAAGCAUCGAUGAUCGCUGAUGCGCAGCGCGAGGCUGCAAAUGCACCAAAUCCACGAGAGCUUGAGCGGGAACGCAUGGCGACACAACUAGAGAAACAUGGCCUGGUACUGCAUGAGAUACGGGCAGAUGGGCAUUGUUUGUAUGCUGCUGUCGCGGAUCAAUUGCAAACAAGAGAGCUAGGCUUGAAACCGAGGAUAGAGGUUACAAUGGCUAAAACUGAUGGCAAAGAUGAUACCGAGAAAAAAGAGAGCUACAAGGCGGUCCGGCACGCAGCAGCAGACUGGAUACAAGGCCACGCCGACGACUUUUCCGGCUUCAUGGAAGACCCGCUACCUGAACAUGUUCGCAAGAUUAGGGAAACUGGUGAGUGGGGCGGGCACCUGGAGCUUCUUGCGCUGGCUAGAUCGUACGGAUUGAGAAUAUGCGUGCUGCACAGUGACGGGAGAGUUGACAAAAUAGAGGCCGAAGACGGCGGCGUACACGAGAUUUGGCUGGGCUACUACAAGCAUAGUCAUGGUUUGGGAGAACACUACAACUCGCUGCGAAAAGUUGGGUGA